AUGGGACUCUCAAAAACCAACAGGAUCAUCAUCCUGCUGGUGAUCGACUCAGCCUUCUUUCUGCUAGAAUUGAUCACCGGCUAUGCUGUCCACUCCCUUGCCCUCGUCGCCGACUCCUUUCACAUGCUGAACGAUGUCCUCUCCCUCUGCGUUGGGCUCUGGGCCGUCAAGGUCGCCAAUAAUGAGACAAACUCGAAGAUGUACACCUACGGCUGGCAACGCGCAGAAACACUCGGUGCUCUCGUCAACGGCGUCUUCCUAGUCGCUCUCUGCAUGUCGAUCUUCUUGGAGGCAAUUCAACGGUUGGUCGAGCCGCAGGAGGUGCAGAACCCCAAGCUGGUUUGCAUCGUGGGAUGUUUCGGACUGCUUUCAAACAUCCUGGGCCUUGCAUUGUUCCAUGACCAUUCGCACGGUGGACACGGACACGGUGGACAUGAUCACUCUCAUGACGACCAUGAGGAUGUGGAGCAGGGAUACCACGAUCACGACCACGAACAUGUCCACCAGAGCGACCCUGUUAUCGCCGAUGAGCGUGGAUCUGUUGCGGGCGUGAUGCCUGAGAACCUGGUCGGAGCUGGUCGCCCCGCGAGCCUCUCCCAAAGCAGCUUCCCUCACCAUGCUAUCGAGCCGGCCUCCCCGGGUUCCCGCAAGCGCCGUGUGGAUUCUCAGACUCGUGGUUCACGUCGUUACAGCACGUCCACUGGACGUGGCAUCGGAAACGUGGAGGAUAUCUACGUUCACCCGGCUACUAUGCGUCAGGAUAUCAUUGCUGCGAGUCGUGGUACCUUUGACAAUGAGCCCUCUUCUGACUCAGACAGCCGGGAUGGAGAAGAGACACCCACUGAGCGAUCUGGUCUUCUGCGUAACCGAGACCGCGCCUCGAAUUACACUGAUGAGCAUGACGGCCCUUUCAAGGUACUUUCUCACUCAGUGGACGAAGACCUGCACAAGCACCACAACCACGCCCAGCCCAAGCCCAAGAACAAGAAGGGUGGCCAUGACCUCAACAUGCGGGGUGUGUUCUUGCACGUCAUGGGGGAUGCGCUAGGCAACAUUGGCGUCAUUGCCUCUGCCCUCAUUAUCUGGCUCACCGACUAUGAGUGGCGCUUCUACGUUGACCCCGGCAUUUCACUCGUUAUUACCGUUAUCAUUCUUGCAUCCGCCAUUCCGCUCUGCAAAGCCGCCUCACGCAUUCUCCUUCAGGCCGUUCCUCAGGGCAUGAGCAUUGACCAUAUCAAGGAGGAUAUUGAAGGCCUUCCCGGUGUCAUUGGCUCUCACCACCUACACGUCUGGCAACUCAGCGACACCAAGAUUGUCGCCUCCAUUCACAUCCAAGUGGACACUGAGAUCAAGGGCGAAGGCUCCGAGCGCUACAUGCGCCUUGCUCGCCAGGUGCGACGCUGUCUGCACGCCUAUGGCAUUCACUCUUCCACCAUUCAGCCCGAGUUCGCUCCUGGUAGCGAUGACGGUGAUGAUGUCCAGAACAACACCCUUCCCUCGUCUUCUCGGGCCGCAACCAUUGACCCCAACCAACCGAAUGGCGCAGCGAGCGUUCGGGAAGGUGAUCCCCAGGCUUGUUUGCUGGAAUGUGAUGACAACUGUGCCCGCGGUGGCCAGUGCUGCCCUAAAAAGUCCCCUUGA